AAUUGCCAUAACUUUGCAAUGAAUGUAAAACUUAUUUUUCAGCCACAUAAAUUUAAAGAUGGAAUUUUAACUAUUAAAAAAUAAAAUAAAAUAAAUAAAAAUAUACAAUAAAUAAGGCAUUUUUGCUUUACUUUUUGAGUGUGAGUCUGUGAGUAUGUGAGUGAGUCUCAAGUAACAGCAUGUCAUUGACGAUAGCACCGAACUCAUCCAUUGACGAUGAAAAUCAACAUCUCAAUCACAAUCCAACCACUUCAACGGGAAGAGAAUUGACGAUCAUGACCCCGUCACGGUUCAAACUUCCCGAUGAAUGGCUCGUUCAACGAAGACGCCGUAUCUCUAACCCCGACCACGUUGACAAGUAUUACAUAGAGCCACAUACUGGACACAAGUUCCGUUCUUUGAUAUCUGUUCGGAGAUAUCUAAACGGAGAUACAAGAGACUAUCUUCCUACUGGAAGAAUGAUAUCAGAAAACAAAAAUACUCUUCCCGAUGAUUGGUUGGUUCAGCAAAGGCGCCGUAUCUCUAACCCCAACCACAUUGACAAGUAUUACAUAGAGCCACACACUGGACAGAAGUUCCGUUCUUUGAUAUCUGUUAAGAGAUAUCUAAAUGAAGAAACAAGAGACUAUCUUCCUACUGAAAGAAUGAUAUUAGAAAACAAAAACACUGCAUGCAUCAAGUCUAGGACUAAACAAAAGUUUCGUCCUGUGAGAGAUUUUGAGGAAGAUUCAAUCGGAGAAAAUGCAUGUAGAGAUACACCCAAGGAUUUCAAAAGAACUCAUUAUUGGAAGAAAAUCAAAACGGGGGAAGAUGACAUAACAAGACCACCAAUAAAAGUAAGAUGGGUUUUGUCCGGUCCUGGCAUCUGGAACCCUUUCCUUAAUGGUUCUAUUGUACCAGCAUCUGAAAAGACAAAAUGGUCCGAAGAAUUUUCAAUAUCUAUCAAUGAAGAGGUUACUAAUGGAUACUAGACCUAAUAGUUGAGGUAAAACAAUGGAGAUAACAGGACAUAUUGGUGAACAUGUGUUGUUACCACGUAGCUUAGGUUGUUUUGUGUCACACUGGUUCUAGGAAUAAUACCAUUUUAUUUUUGUGUUGCAUCUUCAAGAACCUUGUUACUUGUGAAGGAUUGAAGUUUCAACCCUAUCGAACUUCAGUCUUAAAACCGAGACCAGUGUUCAUUUUGCUUUGUCUUUGUACAGAGAUUUAUUGAACUAUCCUAUGUCUUCUAUUGCGGUUGGUGUCAA